CACUGAUUGGCAGCACUGAUAGGUGGCACUAAUUGGCAUUGAUAGGUGGCACCGACUGGCACUGAUUGGUGACAUUGAAAGACAGCUCAGAUGGGCACUGAUAUGUGGCAUUGAUGUGGCACUGAUGGGCACUGGCAUGUGGCACUGAUGAGCACUGACUGCUGGCACUGAUGGACACUGACAGGUGGCACUUCUGGGGCCACACUGAUCAUCAGGGCACACUGAUCAUCAGUGCCCUGAUGAUCACUGUCAGCGUGACAGCUCGACAGGAGAGAAAUGCCGAUAACCGGCAUUUCCGUGUUUUUACAUGUGAUCAGCUGUGAUUGG